ACAGCUGUUUAAGACACGAAUACGUAUUUCCACUUUCCUUUAGCUAGCGGCUAGCUAGCAGGCCAGAAAAAACUGGUCGGAUAUUCAGAUUAUAUUCAAGGACUUGUAACUGAUCUUUAAAGGUGAUCAAGUUAAAGUUCAGUCGCUGGAAGCUAAGCUGGAGAUGGAUAACAUUUAGUAGUCCUCCGCAUUGGAAGAUACCUUUCUGUUGUUCCAGCCCAACAAAUCUGGGCUAUGUGCAAGGCACCAUAAGACUCCAAGAGGACACUAACAGGUGGUUUAAAACAUGGACCAGGGUGUUGCCGACAGUCCUGUUAUCCUUGUCAUCAAGGCACCCAACCAGAAGUAUGAUGACCAGACCAUUAACUGCUUCCUGAACUGGACAGUGGAGAAACUAAAAACCCAUAUCUCACAUGUAUAUCCCAGUAAACCGAGCUUCAAAGACCAGAGGCUGGUGUAUUCUGGGAAGCUCCUCUUGGAUCACUUAAUACUGAAAGAUGUGCUCAGAAAGCAGGAUGAGUACCACAUGGUCCACCUGGUGUGUGCAUCACGCACGCCUCCUGGUUCCCCCAAGCUCCAUAGCAGCCACAGUAACAAGGCCCCUGGAGUCCCCUCUACAAGCUUCACAACGGGUCAGAGCCCCAGUCUCCCCUCCCAUAGCCAAGAUGGCCAAUCAACCUCCACAGUAGAGAGCUCUGAUGGGCUGAGACAUCGCACAGGCCCCGCCCCUAACCAUGCAGCACACCCUGCCUUUAUGAUAGACUACAUGUGGAACCAGUUCCCUCCACAGCAACACCCUCCCAACAACAUGCCAGCCUACCCUGGCAUACAGUACAAUCCCAUGACGCUGCUGUGGUGGCAGCAGGUGUACGCCCGGCAAUACUACAUGCACUAUCUGAUGUUGGCUGCCUCGUCUCACCACCUCAGGCCUGACCUGCUCUCGGCCCAGCCCGGCCAAUCAGAUCCUCAGAACCUGCCUCCCGCUGAGGAGCGCCGUGGCGAGCCCGACAUCCAGAUGAAUGCCCAAGGAGGGGAGGCGCAUUUGAACGAGGAGGAGCAGAACCAUGAUUGGCUGGACUGGGUGUACACGGUGUCACGCGUUGCCAUCUUGCUCAGCAUUGUCUACUUCUACUCCUCCUUUAGCCGCUUUGUCAUGGUGAUGGGCGCAAUGUUGUUGCUAUACCUGCACCAAGCAGGGUGGUUCCCCUUUACCCUGGAGAAUGAAUUUCAGAACCAUGGGGAUGGGCCCCACCAGGAUGAGAUGGAGGCCGACCUUCAUCAUGACCUCCAAGAGAUGGAGCGGGUGAUGGAUGAAGGCUUGGGGGACGACGAUGGGGACAGUGGAGAGGAAGGACUGCAGGAUCCCAAUGGUAUUCCUCAUGCUGGCUUUUUCUCUACGACUUGGUCUUUUAUUGUCACGUUCUUCAUGUCUCUCAUACCGGAGGGGCCACCCAAUGCUGCCAACUGAGCCAUGGGAAAAUGGCACUACUGACUGGAUUGAAUGGCACUACUGACUGGACUGAAUACACUAUUUUAGUAUGCCCAGCGAGUUCACCCCUCUCUACCGGAUCACAGGGCACUACAGAAGAACUGAAUGGUCACUCAGCCACACAGACAAAAAGGCUUUGAACAGGUUUUGAAGUGAACAACUGAAUGACGCUUUGGGGAAAAAAGGACAUCAUUUGAAACCUUCAAAAUCAUGAGAUCUAAAUAUUCUUCAGAACAAUCUUCUGUCAUUGUAGAAUAUGAAAGUAUGACUUGAAAGUUGUUAUAAGAAGACAGAGAGCAUUGAUCCCUGUGAUAUUAUGUUUAAUACCCAUAAACCUAUUUCCGAGUGAAAUAAUGAAUCAAGUAUGUAAUGUCGGUAUAAAUGCAAUAUUUGUUCAAUUGUAAAUCUGUGUAAUAUUGUAUUUAAUAUAAACUUGUAGGACUGGCUUGAUUCAA